AUGCGUCUCUUUCUUGUCGCACUGGGAUUCGAUUCUCUUUCACGAUUGGGAAGAAGAUGAAGACGAAGCCCAAUUGCGAAGAAUGUGAGAGUCUUGAUUAGAAUCCAGGUCUUCUCAAUCUCGCCCUCAAUUUUUUACGCCGCUAAAUUUCGUGAAAAAUUACCAUGGGUCGAGUUUAAUCGAGAGAGAUUGUUAGGAGUACUGGAAGCAGUGGAAGGGUCAUAUGAGGUGCUUGCUUGGCUGGAUUGGUUCUGAUUCUGCUGAUUCAGAUGUAAACCCUUUGUUUGUUGCUCUUGAUCGAUUUGGUGAAUUUGCUGAGGUGGAAUUUUUGAGUGGGAAUUGUGUGAUUGGAGGAGGAGGGGUUUGUUAGUGUAGUGAAUCAUGUCUCAGAGAGAGGAGCGGAUUGAGCUUAAGUUCAGGAUUUAUGAUGGAACAGACAUUGCGCACAGUUGUUAUGCACCUUCCAUGACUGUAGCUACUCUUAAGAAAAGGUUGCUUUCUGAGUGGCCUCAAGCCAAGACAGUGACACCCAAGACAGUGAGUGAAGUGAAACUGAUACAUGGUGGGAAAGUUUUAGAGAACAGUAAGACACUUGCUGAUUCCAGAAUAAUGUCCUUUGGUAACUUGCCUGGUGGUGUUAUAACCAUGCAUGUGGUAGUACAGCCCACUAUUGCCAAAGAGAAGAAAGGUUGGUCGAGCAAUCCUGUUCAGUUUGUUUGUGGAGCUUUUUGCUAUAGAAAUCCUAUUUUCGCUAACGAGGUACUUAUAUGUAUUUGUGGUUAAACUUCUACGUGCAGCUAAAAACCAGAAGGAGAUGCAAAAGAUGAAUUCAUGCUCGUGUACCAUUCUUUAAUCCUGGAAGGCAGGCACUUUACUCCGUGGCUGCCAUUGCAGAGGAGUGAGGCCUGCGUUUUCACACGUUUCUUCCUUUCUGAUGUAGUUAAUUGAGGUGUGAAAUUUAGAUCACGUCUCUGUAGUGAUUCAAGUCGAAUUUGUU